GCUGAACUCUACUCACCCCGGGGUAAAAUCCACUCUCCCUUCGUCGUCUCCACUCUCCACCAUGGAAGGUGUGGCUAUGAAACUCCCCUCUUUCAAAUCACUCGCCCCUAACGCCAUCUCUAUCGGACACCGGAGCUUCUCCCGCAUCCGUCGCUCCUCUUCGCUAUCUGUCUAUUCCGCCGCCUCUUCCUCCGCCACCGUCGCCACCAAUUCCGAAUCGGUCUCUCUCGGCCAUCGCGUUCGAAAAGAUUUCAGAAUUCUACACCAGGAAGUGAAUGGGUCUAAGCUUGUGUACCUAGACAGUGCUGCAACUUCUCAGAAGCCGGCAGUUGUAUUGGAGGCCUUGCAGAACUACUAUGAGUUCUAUAAUUCAAACGUUCAUCGAGGGAUACACUAUUUAAGUGCCAAGGCUACUGAUGAAUUUGAGUUGGCUAGGAAAAAGGUUGCCCGUUUCAUCAAUGCUUCGGAUAGCAAAGAGAUUGUUUUCACUAGGAAUGCUACUGAAGCCAUUAAUCUUGUAGCUUAUUCAUGGGGUCUUUUGAACCUUAAACCUGGUGACGAGGUUAUUCUAACAGUGGCCGAACAUCAUAGUUGCAUUGUUCCUUGGCAAUUAGUAUCUGAAAAGACUGGAGCAGUUCUUAAGUAUGUUAUGUUGAAUGAAGAUGAAGUCCCAGACGUAGACAAGUUGAGAGAAAUGAUUAAUCCAAAGACAAAGCUUGUCGCAGUUCAUCAUGUUUCAAAUGUCCUUGCAUCUUGUUUACCUAUUGAAGAGAUUGUGGUCUGUGCACACAAUGUUGGAGCGAAAGUUCUUGUGGAUGCUUGUCAAAGUGUUCCUCACAUGGUGGUUGAUGUUCAGAAGCUAAAUGCUGAUUUCCUAGUUGCGUCUUCUCACAAGAUGUGUGGACCUACAGGCAUUGGGUUCUUAUAUGGUAAGAGUGAUCUUCUACAUUCCAUGCCUCCAUUCUUAGGCGGAGGAGAAAUGAUUUCAGAUGUAUUUCUUGAUCAUUCAACUUAUGCGGAACCUCCAUCCAGAUUUGAAGCUGGAACACCCGCAAUAGGAGAAGCAAUUGCCCUUGGAGCAGCAGUUGAUUAUUUGUCAGAGAUUGGCAUGCCAAAAAUCCAUGAAUAUGAGGUAGAGCUUGGUAAGUAUUUGUACGAGAAACUGUCUUCUCUUCCUGAUGUCCGGAUAUACGGCCCCAGACCUUCUGAAAGUGUUCACAGGGGUGCUCUUUGUUCCUUCAAUGUGGAGGGCUUGCACCCAACUGAUUUGGCAACCUUUCUUGAUCAACAGCAUGGAGUUGCGAUAAGGUCAGGACACCACUGCGCACAGCCACUCCACAGGUAUCUUGGAGUAAAUGCAAGUGCGCGCGCCAGCCUCUACUUUUAUAACACGAAGGAAGAUGUUGACUCCUUUAUCGUUGCGCUUGCAGACACCGUGAGCUUCUUCAAUUCUUUCAAAUAAGUGGAAUAGCACCUUUCUGCUGGAUCUCUCAGCUGGUUGUAUGUUAUAUUGCCUCAAAGGCUAUUUAUUUAAAUCUGUUACAUAUAAUAAUUGGGUGUUGGUCCUUCAGCUACCAAGGGCCAUUGUAUUGUAGUUAGACGCUGUAUUAACAAUAGUCACGGACGACUUUCAGAAUUUUUUGAUCAUAUUUUUACGAACC